CGUUGAUUGCAACUUUAGUGCAAAUCUGUCCUUGACUUACGCACAUCACAAGCCUGAAAAUAUUCGCAACUAACAGCAAUUGGAUUACGGAACAUACACACCUAAAUUAAACGUGGAUUAAGACUGACAUUAAAUUAAAAGCGUUAAUGCAUAUAAACAUUGGAGUGCGUUCGAGUUCAAUUCAUUACAGAAUCGAAGUGUUUCGAAAUAAUUCACACCGUGCCUAACCGAUAAUGAAGAUUGUUGUGCGAACAUUUUGCGUAAUACUAAUACCGUUAUUAUGUAAUUUGCCUGCGAUUAACGCUGAUUCGAAAACUAAAGCUGAAAAUAAUGCGACCGAUGAUGAAAUGAUGAAAUAUGCGCCAGAAUUCGAACAUCCUGAAUAUGCUUUUAGUUAUGGCGUGAAGGAUCUGCACACAGGCGAUGUCAAAUCGCAAUGGGAAUCGAGAGAGGGUGAUUCGAUUAAGGGCCACUACAGUAUACUCGAGCCAGAUGGUUCUAUACGUACAGUACAUUACACAGCUGAUUCGAAGAAUGGUUUCAAUGCUGUCGUAAAGACCGUAGGCGCAAACUCUCAUCCCGUGACCGACUCACCGCAUGGUGAAAAUAGCAUCAAUGACGACACAUCACAAUCGAAAAUAAAUCACUAUAGUAAAGAUCAAGAACAUAUAGUGUUAAGUUCAGAUAUCAAACCUUUAAAGAAACCAAUUGAAGAUCUCUCGCAUGCACAUCCGAGGGUACCAAGUUUGAUUGAGUUCAAACCGCAUGCACGCAUCAAGCAAGUGCCUAUGGAAUUAGAACCGGGAAUGCGCGAGCGAUUACAAAUCGCACGAGAUGAGUAUUAUCACAAACAACAACCACAACAAAUGCUCACACCAACGAAAGAUUCAUAUAGCAAUGAAGAGAAUGAAUGGCGCGCUUUAGUGCUGAAUGAAAAUUCCGAAUAUAAACCGCUGUACACACCACAACGCAAUACAAAUAGUUAUCACAACGCUGAAACUUAUAUUGCCACAAAACAAUCUAUUGCUAAUAUAGCGCAAAACGCACAGAACAUUGGUGUCGGUGGCAGUAAUAUUGGUGGUAUUGGUAGUGGCUUGCGCAACGAUUUCAUCGCAUCCGUGCCGCUACAUCAACGUCAACACGCCUCUUACGCUGAUCCUAAUAUAAACAACAUAUCGCAUGGCAAAAAGUUCGGCUUAACUACACCCAACUACAAACAUAACUCGGCUACUUCGCCAUACAAAUAUCAGCCGAAUUACAAAUCGCCUCCAACACAACAUCGCCCCGACUACGUGAACUACUUUCAACGCAAAACAAAGAAAUUCAAUCAUAAAGAAUCAGCGGGUCCCGUAGUCUUCCCCAAUCAUAUUGGCGACGAGCAAAAUGCAGCCUCGGCACAAAUGGUACAAUCGAUGGUACGACAAGACCGAAAACAUAUAAUGCCCAUGUAUGCUAAUCGCUAUAGCUCGGACUAUCGUCAUCAACGUUAUCGUACGAUCUAGAGCAUUUCGGUAGGUAAUUAAUUCGGCUACGUAGCUGCACUCGUUUCAAACGGAAAUUGAAAAUAUGAAGAUACGUGUUGUGCAAUAGUUAGUACUAUAUAGAUGAAAAUGUAUACGUAUGUGGCUGUAUAUUUAUUUAUUUAUUUUCUAAAAUUAAGUAUUUUCCAUACUACAAUAACAAUAAACAGUUAAUACAACUAAUAAAAACAAAAA